AUGCAUUCAAAUGGAGCACAUCUACACUGUUUUCCCGCAGAUGAUGAUCAUGAUAUUAACGAUGACAAGGAUGAUAAUAUUAAGAAUGAUGAUGAGGAAGAUGUUCUUCUUAGAAGCAUCAAUGCGGAACGGGCUACCUUAAAGCUGGCGGCGCUAACAAAGAACGUGAAUGCAGAGUGUUUUGCCGAUGAAUUUGCUGACCGCUUCCAGGAUCAACCCUGCGCGAACACCACGGGCGCCAUCACCACACCGGGCACAACGACUCAGCUCUCCAACUACCCGGAGCUUUUAGCCAAAUGCAAUUUGAAUGUCUCCAACGGUCUUGUACUGCCAGUUUGCGUUCCCAAUUCAGUCCCUAACAGCGCCCUCUCUGACCUCAAACGUUCCCAAUACUCGAAUUCUCUCAAUGACCCCAAGUUUACGGGCGUCGGAAUUGGUUUUGAAGACGACUGGAUUGUUGUUGUUUUGACCUCAAACUCGACCGCCGCAGGCGUUGUGCCUUCCGCCAACUCUUCCAAUCCAGCCAAUACUCCAAACACAGCCAACUCCCCAAAUGGAAAUGGAAUAAACACCAAUGCAGUGGAUGUAGUCAACCCUAUCAGUGCAGCCAGUUUUGUUCCCAAGAUCAGCUUGAUUCUCCACUUCCUGCUUUUGUUGAUCGCUUCCCUCUUACUCUUAUAGAUCAAGAGCAGAGCACAGAAGAUAUAUACACAUAGAUACAUAUUCAGCAUUCUUUAUUUAUGUUUAAGUUAAAAGACAAUAAAAGCCACGUCCAUUGACAAGUUCUAUGCCACUACUACUCCAGAGAGAGCCUAAGAACGAUGAAUCUUCCAAACGAAGCUGCAUAUUUUAGUCGAGCCGUCAAAGCACUUGGAUCGAACGUGGUGUAGAUGGUAUUAGGGUGUUGAGAUGUUUUUGUGUGUGGUAAAUUAUGGAGUCUUUUUUUUUUUAAAAGCAUUGUAAUAAUAUUGGCUCUCAUUUUAUGU